GGACAUAAAUAUGCGCAAAUGAUAAAUCGACUCCGGAUCUCUCAGGCGGACGUGUAUCCAUAGCAAUGUAUGCGCGUCAAUGAGGCUGGGCCCAAGAGUUGAGCCUGCUUCGCAUUUCCGUGCAGUCCGAGCGGGAUUAUACUCAAUAAUCAUGUCUUCUCGGCAAGCUGGAGGAAGGCGAGAUGGCGCACCACGUAGGAGAAGGCAAUUAGUCAUUAAAGAAAGAAAUAUUUCGGCUGAUGAGUUUAUGGCUGCCAGUAUUGGUGAUGUUGAAUGGCUUGAUCAAAGUUUAAGAGAUGGAAGAAAUCAUUCAAGUUUCGACAAAAAUGGUUUGGCACCAAUUCACUUGGCAGCUUUACAUGGUCGAUUAAAUUGCAUUCAAUUACUUGUGGAGAAGUAUGAAGUUGACGUUAACCUUAUUUCAUCGACUGGAUGGACUCCACUCCAUCUUUGCAUUAAUCAUGAAACAGGAUCGAGGGCACUCAAAUGUAUGAACUACCUGAUUGAAAACAACGCUGAUGUAAAUUGUCAAAAUGAUGAUUGCGUAACACCUUCACAUCAAGCUGCAAGUGAAGGACUGGUUGAAUGUAUGAAGUUAUUAAUUGAAAGGGAAGCUGAAUUAAAUGUUGCUGAUGUCAGAGGACAUUUACCUCUUGAUCUCGCAAGAUUGUGGAGUCAUAAAAAUUGCGCAAGAAUAAUUAGAACUGAAAUGUGGAAACGAGAAAAACAAGAAAAAGCCGAAGAAAUGAAACAAUUGAAUAUUGUGAAAACAUACUAUAACGAAUUGCAAAAGGAAGCUGUUCUUCAAUUAAAAAAUGAGCAAGAAUUCUAUGGAGGAGUUGCUUUUGGAAAUUGGCUCGAUGAUAAAGGACUUCCAGAAAAUUUAAAAAAUAAUUCCAUUUUUCAACGAGAAAGAUACCCUGACACACCAACGGAAGGUCUAUCAAAACGAUUAAGAACAAGUGGUGGUUUGGAUGAUUGUGCUGAGAGAAUGGAGAAUUCAAAUAUAAGAAAAAAAGAAAAGAAACAAGUUGUUCAGUUUGCAAAAUCAAGUCAACCUUCAGUUGAAAAAACGAGUAAAACAACCUCUAAAGCCCCAAAAGUUGAAAGAGUGGAGCGGAAAACUACUGUGAAGCCUGAAAAAACUGUUCAAUUACCAAAUAAAAUUAAUCAAGUAAAACAGGUUGUCCGGGUAGAACAAGUCAAUACAAGAGAAAGAUAUCCUGAACACAAACAACAACAAUAUUAUCCUGACAGAAAACAACAAUAUUAUCAAGAUAGUCAUCAACAACAACAAGAAAACAUCUGGGAAGGAACAAAAACAUUCACACCAUAUUCAGAGAUAACUGCUGUGUCAGAGCGACCAGGAAGAGGAACACCAUGGAAUUACAGCACAAAUCUUGAAAGUGAUCCAAUAACUAAUAUCAAAUGUAAAGAUACCAUAGCACUCAGUAUUCAUCCAGAUGAAAUGGAAAAACUUUUACCUAAACAUGCAAAUUUAACUGUAAUGCUGGAUAUUGCCCGAAAACCAAAGAUAAAGAUGACUAUGCCGGGUGGACGAAUAAAGAGUGCUGAAAUCAGGAUGCCCCACCUUCCUUCUAAUGUUAUCAGUGAUGAAUUAUCAGGAAUUGCUUCGGACAGAAUUCGGAUUCCACAAGAAUUCAAAGCUGUACAUGUUUACGAUCUCAAAAAAAAAAGACAGCCUGAUAAACAACUACGACCGAAAAACGAAAUUGGAAUGCAUUUAAGCGUUUUUGGAGAUCCUCGAAUUUUAAGAAAAUCUAUGUCGUCAAACGUUUAUGAUACCAGAUCACCAUCGUCAACAAUAUCUCUAAGGAAUGAUAAUUUGCCAACUAUUUCAAUGAAGAAUUACAAUAGAACACUCGAUGCCUUGCACAGGAUGAAUCCACCUCAUGCAUUUUUAGCUUAAUAUCGUUUUCUGCUAUGCACAAUCCUUAUUUUCAAACAUAAUUAAAUAUAUUUUUUCACCAAAGUUUCGAGUUUCACCAAAGCUUCUCAUCUUGCCUAAACGUGUUAUCUAAUAAUUUAAAUCAAGAAAAAUAUUUAUUUGAGUUUUCAUUGCCAAUUUCGAGUUUGUUACAAAAUUGUUUUAAUUUGUUUCCAAUCCACUUUAGUAAAUUUCUCGGUCAGUUACUGUAUUUGUGAUGCAUGCUUCCUAAAAAUUCAUCCACUCGUGUAUUGCAUGAAAUGCCAUAAUCAGUGGUAUUUUAAUGUCCUGUAGCAUAUGAACUUGCUAGGCACAAGAAAUUUGAUUGCAGGCCUCGAUUAUCUGUCUGCUUUUUCUUACAGUAUGAGGAAAAGCUUGAUUUGCUAGUCUGUUAGAUAAAAAUACUUGAAUGGUUCUUAGGCUACCAAGUAACAGCUUGAGGUAGAUUUAAAUAAGUCUUUCCAAAUUUUGAAUACCUACUGUUUAGUGUAUUAGUAGUUAUUCUGCAACAUAUAGAUAAAAAUAAAAAAAGACCAGACUGCUCCAAACUGUUCUGAUAUUACUAAAAGGCCAGCCCUAGCCUUAAAUCUUCAUUUUUUUACUAGCCUCCCAUGACCAUAUUUUAUAUUGUGCUUUAGCAAUUGCAUGUUUUGCUUCAAAUGUUUUAUUAUUGAUAAAUCUAACUUUUGUAAAAAAUUAUGAAGCUACGGUAGACCUUUGUUGUGUUUCCACUGUCAAAAAGUAUUUUUGUUCUGUAUUAUAUAUAUGGUGUGAAAGCUUUUGUGCUCUAUUCAGAUUUCGAAA